ACCCUCCUUUUCUCUUCACAAAACACAACAUUUACUCAAAUUUUCAUUGUCAACAGAAAUGGCUUUCUCCAAAGCACUGCCCUAUAUUCUCCUCAUCACCAUGCUGUUCACCGUCCGGCCAACCACAGCGCAGUUGUGCCCGUCGUUCUACGACACCACAUGUCCCAACCUACCCUCCAUUGUAGAAGAGGUAGUGAGACAAGCUCUCCAAACCGAUGCCCGAGCAGGCGCUAAACUCAUUCGCUUUCAUUUCCACGAUUGUUUCGUCAAUGGAUGUGAUGGGUCUGUUCUACUUGAAGAUUCAGUCGCAGAUGGUAUAGAUAGUGAACAAAACGCACCCGGAAACCUUGGAAUCCAAGGCCAAAAUAUUGUCGCUGACAUCAAAACUGCUGUUGAAAAUGCAUGUCCAAACGUUGUCUCCUGUGCUGACAUCUUAGCCAUUGCAUCUAAUUCAGCCGUCGUCUUGGCAGGAGGAAGGGGUUGGGAGGUUCAACUAGGAAGAAGAGAUAGCAGAAUAGCAAAUAGAUCAGGAGCUGUGAGUAAUCUUCCAAGUCCUUUUGAACCUCUUGCAAAUCUUACUGUCAAGUUUGCCAACGUUGGUCUUAAUUCUACCGAUCUUGUCUCUUUAUCUGGGGCGCACACAUUUGGUCAAUCAAGAUGUCGAUUCUUCCAAGGACGAUUGAGCAACUUUAGUGGAACGGGAAUGGCUGAUCCGAGUCUAGACCCAAUCUAUAGAGACAUGCUUUUGGAGGCAUGUCCUCAAGGCGGAGACAACAACCGGGUGAACCUAGACCCAACAACUCCCAAUGAAUUUGACAACAACUAUUUCACCAAUCUCCAAGACAACCGUGGGCUUCUUACAAGCGACCAAGUACUGUUCUCCCCUCCCGGAGCUGCGACCACCGUUGACGUGGACCGCUUCGCAGCAAGCCAAGAAGUGUUCUUUGAUGCUUUUGGAGCCUCCAUGAUCAAGAUGGGGAAUAUUAUGCCAUUGACUACAAUUGAUGGGGAGAUACGUUUAACUUGUUCUAGGAUUAAUCCUUUGCCUACUCUUGCUGAUAUGUAAAUCUCUUUUUUGUUUUUGGUUUGUUUGGGGUUUGUAAUGAAUAAUAUAGUUGUUCUUGUUUGCAUGUGUGAAAUGUAAUGUGUGUUAUAUGGGUUUUUCUUUUUAUGAAUAAUUAUAUCAUAUGUUGUAUAUUAUAUACUUUUUGCUUUAUAUAUAUA